UCACCCGGCCUCCGCGGACGCCGCUCGCGUCGUGUACCAGUGUACGUGUACCGUGUACGUGUACCGCGUCCCGUGUACCAGUACCGUUGUUCGUAGUGUUGUGUCUGUGGGAAACGUGGAUUUUCAAUGAGUUUUGGAAACGCAAACAAACAUUCAAAACUAAUCCACUGCUAGUCCGUAACCAAACAUCCAUGAAUAAGCUUUAAGCAAUGAAACACUGGAACUUAACUAACCGUCCGUAAUAAGAACUUCAAGUACACAGUGAACAGUGGAAACACAAAAUCGCACUCUGCAGUAAACAGUAAAACUAGUGACAGUGAACAGCGCGUAACGCUCUGCGACUUGCAGUGAACAGUGCAACAAGUUACAGUGAACAGCACAUGCACUCUGCAGUGAAACCAGUGACAGUGAGCGCGUGAAGUGAACAGUGAAACAGUGAAACUGAGAUGACGUGACGACGCCACGAUGUACCGGCCCAACUUCUAUGAAAGCACUUGUUUUCGGUGCAACGAGAUCGUAUACCAAGUGGACCGAGUUGGUCCACUCAAGGACUUUACGUUCUUUCACAGUGGCUGCUUCAAAUGUGCAGUAUGCAGGACGAAGCUCACGUUGAAGACCUACUUCAACAACCAGCACUACACAGAGGACAAGGAAGUGUACUGCUCCUCGCACGUGCCCAAGAUCGGUCCAGGUCACCUGGACAACUCCUCCGUCGGCAUCCGCAGCGCGCUCAACGUGCCGCGCAGCAACAACUACGUCAACGAGCAGAUCCGCGGCCUCGCCCGCAACAUUGACAAUGAGCGUGAGUAUGACGAGGCCCAUUACCUGGGCAACCCGUCGGCAUCCGCAGCGCGCUCAACGUGCCGCGCAGCAACAACUACGUCAACGAGCAGAUCCGCGGCCUCGCCCGCAACAUUGACAAUGAGCGUGAGCCCAUCACCUGGGCAACCCGUCGGCAUCCGCAGCGCGCUCAACGUGCCGCGCAGCAACAACUACGUCAACGAGCAGAUCCGCGGCCUCGCCCGCAACAUUGACAAUGAGCGCCCAUCACCUGGGCAACCCGUCGGCAUCCGCAGCGCGCUCAACGUGCCGCGCAGCAACAACUACGUCAACGAGCAGAUCCGCGGCCUCGCCCGCAACAUUGACAAUGAGCUAUCCCCCACACGCGCGACAAACGGCGGCAGCGUACACGCGUCGCCCGCGCGUGAGUUGCGCGACACGCCCGACUACCAAUACGGCCGGUUCGACGCCAGCGCGCUGCACAUCGCGCAUGCGCUCAAGCAGACCGAGCUGCAGAAGGCGUACCAUCGCCCGAAGGAAAAACCCAUCGACUGCUAUUUGGAUCGAGAUGAACAGACGAAACUGGAGAUGAAACACCGCCAGGAGGAAGAUGACUUGUACAGAAAAUUCUCGAAACACCGCGAAGAAGAGAACAGAAGAAUACGAGAUGAAAUACAGGAUGAGUGGGAACGAGAGCUCGAGAGACUCACGAACAGGUUCCAACAAGAGAUGCAAGUCAAGAAGAGACGACCGGACUCCGAGAUCGGAGCUCUGACGCUGCGGCACCAGCAGGAAAGAGCGGAUCUGGAGAAGAAUAUGACGCUGAGAAGGGAUAAGAAGAAGGAGAGCUUGACUAGGAAAAUGUUGGAACAUGAAAGGGCAGCGACAGCAGCGCUAGUGGAAAAGCAAAGCCACGAGAUGAUGGAGCUUAUCCAAGAGCGCCGUUCAGAAUACGCGGCGGCGUCGUCUCUAUACGUGGACGGCGAAGAGGCGCCUCCUUACCCGGCGCGCGCGCCGCCGCCGCAGCCGCCGCUCGUCUCCAAGUUCCACAUCUACACGGACCCCGUUGAGUUCGCUGACGUCGAUAAGAUCGCUAUUUCGGUAGCGCAAGAAGACCAAAAAACCUUCACAGACCUAGUCCGGCAGCUGGUUGGCCGCUGCGCCACCGACGUGGAGAAGGCUCGGACGAUCUUCCGUUGGAUAACUGUGAAGAACUUAAAUAACAUACAGUUUGACGACAACCUGAGAGGGGAUUCGCCGCUCGGUCUGCUGCGGGGCAUCAAGCACGGGACUGAGAGUUACCAUGUGCUGUUUAAAAGACUGUGCAGCUACGCCGGCCUCCACUGCGUAGUGAUCAAGGGCUACAGCAAAUCCGCGGGCUACCAGCCGGGCGUCCGAUUCGAAGACAACCGGUUCCGGAAUUCCUGGAACGCGGUGUUCGUGGCGGGGGCCUGGCGGUUCGUGCAGUGCAACUGGGGCGCCAGGCAUCUCGUCAAUGCCAAGGACGCGCCGAAACCGGGCAAUAGAGGGAAGAGCGAUAGUUUAAGAUACGAAUACGACGAUCACUACUUCCUCACCGACCCGCGCGAAUUCAUAUACGAGUUCUACCCCCUGCAGUCCGACUGGCAGCUGCUCAAGACGCCCAUAACGCUUCACGACUUCGAGGAGCUGCCGUUCGUGCGCUCGCUGUUCUUCCGCUACGGACUGUACUUUAGUGACCCCAACACUAAAGCUGUCAUGUACACAGACUCCACUGGUGCGGUGACUAUGCGCAUAGCCAUGCCGGCACACAUGCAGAGCUCGCUCAUCUUCCACUACAACCUCAAGUUCUAUGACACUGAGGGUGACGGCUUCGACGGAGUCAGCCUCAAGAGAUUCGUCAUGCAGUCAGUGGUCGGCAACGUGGUAUCGUUCCGGGUGCACGCGCCGUGCUCAGGCGCCUUCUUGCUCGACAUAUUCGCGAACGCCGUCACCCCGAGAGAGUAUCUCACGGGCGAGCCGAUGAAGUUCAAGAGCGUCUGCAAAUUCAAGAUCUGCUGUGCAGAGUUGCAGACAGUGAUGGUCCCUCUACCAGACUGCGCCAGCGGCGAGUGGGGACCGACGAAAGCCACCAGGCUCUUUGGCCUUGUACCCAUCACCCACCAGGAGGCGCUAGUGUUCGCUGGUCGCGAGCUAGAACUCCAGUUCCGCAUGUCGCGGCCGCUCGCCGACUUCAUGGCUACGCUCCACAAGAACGGCGUCGACGAGAAGCGGCUCAGCAAGUACGUGCAGCAGAACGUGCAGGAGGACGUCGUGUCCUUCUACAUCACGUUCCCGGAGGAAGGUAAUUAUAUACAGCCACAGGUGAGAGCGGGACAGCUGUACACGUGCAUAGCGCUGUCUCGCUCGCUGACUUCAUGGCGACGACGCUCCACAAGAACGGCGUCGACGAGAAGCGGCUCAGCAAGUGAGAGCGGGACAGCUGUACACGUGCAUAGCGCUGUCUCGCUCGCUGACUUCAUGGCGACGCUCCACAAGAACGGCGUCGACGAGAAGCGGCUCAGCAAGUACAUGCAGCAGAACGUGCAGGAGGACGUCGUGUCCUUCUACAUCACGUUCCCGGAGGAAGGUAAUUAUAUACCACCACAGGUGAGAGCGGGACAGCUGUACACGUGCAUAGCGCUGUCUCGCUCGCUGACUUCAUGGCGACGCUCCACAAGAACGGCGUCGACGAGAAGCGGCUCAGCAAGUGAGAGCGGGACAGCUGUACACGUGCAUAGCGCUGUCUCGCUCGCUGACUUCAUGGCGACGCUCCACAAGAACGGCGUCGACGAGAAGCGGCUCAGCAAGUACGUGCAGCAGAACGUGCAGGAGGACGUCGUGUCCUUCUACAUCACGUUCCCGGAGGAAGGUAAUUAUAUACCACCACAGCGCUGUCUCGCUCGCUGA